UGGCUUGAUUGUCACCUUGAUUAAUUACCUAUUCCCAGCCACUAGACAGAGUUACUGAAGGAUACUAAAGGAAUAAUGCAACCAGAAAGGAGCAGCCAGAUUUACAGCUAUAAAUACUCUCAAAAUUCCUUUUUGUAUGAUGUUAAGCGAGAAAUAUACAAUGAGGAGAAUUUUCAACAGGAACACAGGAGGAGGGCCUCUUCCUCUGGAACCAUGGACAUCAAUAUCACCACCUUCAGACAUCACGUCCAAUGCCGCUGCUCCUGGCACAGGUUCCUAAGAUGCAUGUAUAUCAUCUUUCCCUUCCUUGAAUGGACAUAUUCGUAUCGAUUCAAGGACUGGCUGCUUGGAGACUUACUUGCUGGUUUAAGUGUGGGCAUUGUGCAAAUUCCCCAAGGUCUGACACUUUCUUUGAUGAUAAGACAACUGAUUCCUCCUCUCAAUGUCGCUUACACAAGUUUCUGUUCUUCUGUAAUUUAUGUAAUUUUUGGAUCAUGUCAUCAAAUGUCCAUUGGUCCCUUCUUCCUUGUGAGUGCUCUGAUGAUCAACGUCCUGAAGGAGAGACCAUUCAACUAUGGUCACCUAGUCAUGGGAACUUUUCUGAAGGAUGACUUCACUUCCCCCUACUUCUAUACCGACUAUAACAGAUCCUUAAGUGUGGUGCAAACUACAACUUUUCUGACUGGGAUUUUUCAGCUAUCAAUGGGCAUGUUUGGUGUGGGCUUUCUGGCCACUUACCUUCCGGAGGCUAUGAUCGGUGCUUACCUGGCUGCUGUCGCUCUGCACAUCAUGCUGUCCGAGCUGACUUGUGUCUUAGGGAUUGUAAUUAGCUUCCACGCUGGUCCCAUCUCCUUCUUCUAUAACAUAGUGAACUACUGUAUAGGUCUUCCCAAAGCUAAUUCCACCAGCAUUCUACUGUUUCUAACUACUGUUGUUGCUCUGAGAAUCAACAAAUGUAUCAAAUUUUCUUUCAAUCAAUAUCCUAUCAACUGUCCAGUGGAAUUAUUUCUGAUUCUUGGCUUCACUGUAUUUGCUCACAAGAUAAACCUGGUCACAGAAAACAGCGCUACCUUCAUUGACAUGAUUCCAUAUAGCUUCCUGUUUCCUUCAGUACCAGUAUUGGACCACUUUCUCCCUAGAGUUCUUUUACCAGCUGCAUCCUUAUCUUUUGUGAGCUCCUUUAUGCUCAUAUUUCUGGGCAAGAAGAUUGCCAGCCUCCACAACUACAGAAUCAAUUCCAAUCAGGAUUUAAUAGCCAUUGGCCUUUGCAAUGUUGUCAGUUCAUUUUUCAAAUCUUGUGUGUAUACUGCUGCUUUUGCCAGGACUAUUAUCCAAGAUAAAACUGGAGGAAGACAACAGUUUGCAUCUCUGGUAGGCGCAGGUGUGAUGCUGCUCCUGAUGGUGAAGGUUGGACAAUUUUUCUACGACCUGCCUAAUGCUGUGCUGGCUGGUGUUAUUCUGAGCAACGUGAUGCCUUACCUUGAAACCAUUUACAACCUACCCACUCUGUGGAGGCAGAACCAACAUGACUUUGUUCUUUGGAUCUUGACAUUCUUAUCUGCAAUUUUCCUGGGAUUAGACAUUGGACUACUUGUUUCACUAGUUUGUGCUUUCUUCAUCUUCACUGUCCGUUCACACAGAACUAAGAUUCUCACCCUGGGUCAGAUCCCUAACACCAACAUUUACAGAAGCAUCAAUGACUAUCGGGAGGUUACAAGUAUCCCUGGGGUGAAAAUCUUCCAGUGCUGCAACUCCAUUACCUUUGUAAAUGUGUACCACCUCAAAGACAAGCUGUUAAAGGAGGUCGGUAUGGUAAGGGUGCCUCUUAAAGAAGAAGAGAUUUUCAGGCUGUUUAAUCAAAAUGAAUCCCACCUACAUGACAAGCUAUGUAGGUGUACCUGCAACUGUGAUGAACUGGAGACACCACCCAGGAUUAUCUACACAGAACGCUUUGAAAAUAAACAGAACCUUGAUUCAUCCUCCAUUAACCUGGUCCGAUGUUCACAUUUGGAUAGCAUAAACAUGAGCCAGAGUUUAUCUGAUGACCAAGUGCCAAACACAGGAUCUUCCACAUCUCAGAGAAAUCAAGAACAAAACUAUGAGGAUGUGGAGAAAGUCCGGCUUGCUAACCACCCCUCAAGAAACAGCUUGCUUCCACUGCCUGAAGCUACUGAAAGUCAGGAGUUAUCAACCAUCCCUUACUCGGACAGGUCUUAUCAACCCAGCAUCCACACCAUCAUCCUGGAUUUCUCCAUGGUGCAUUAUGUUGAUUUUCAAGCUUUGGUGGUAUUAAGACAGAUGUGCAAUGCUUUCCAAAACGCCAACAUUCUAGUGCUCAUGGCAGGGUGUCACCCCUCUGUGGUCAGGAUGUUUGAAAAGAAUGACUUCUUUGAUGCUGGCAUCACCAAGGCCCAGCUAUUCCUCAGCCUCCAUGAUGCCGUGCUGUUUGCCUCAUCAAGGAAGUUUACAGAGCUCUCUGAGUUAAGCGAUGAUGAAUCUGAGACAGUGAUACAGGAAACCUACUCAGACGUGAACAAGAAUGACAUUCCAAGAUUUAAAAUGGGUAGUAAUUUUCCAGAAAGCAAAAAAAAUCCAAGUCCAAGCUUCGCCAAGGCCCAGCAGACAGUAGAAGAGGAGUCGGAGUUUGAUUUGGAAAUGGAACCCAUGCUGGAGUCAGAACAAGAUGUGAGACUGGAUUCUUACCUAGAUCAGGAGCUGGAAAAUGAGUCAGAGCUGGAGCCUCGAUCUGAUCUGGAGCCCGACACAGAGCCCCAGUCUGAGCUGGAGCUGGAACCUGAGACUGAGGUGGAGCCGGAGACGGAUCCGGAGCCCAAGACCCCACCAGAGGCUUACACUUACCCCCGGCGGCACCACUGGCAGCCUCACUCUGGAGUUCCCCAAACCCAGUCUCAGACUCGGCCUCAGACACCAUCAAUGGAGAGGAGAGGGCAACAUAUGAAUUACUCAACCAAUGAGUAUAAUGAUCACUCCUGGGAGGCGAACUGGGAAUAAGGGGUCAGAAAACCUGGGCAAAUUCUUCCCACCCAAAAGGGGCCGCUUGGUCAGGAAACCUAGACUGGGUACAUGCUAGCAAUACUUUGCUUUGUGACUCCUCCGCCUGCUGCCUCCCUACUGGGCACUGGAAUCACACUCCCUGGCCCCAUUACCACAUGCCCACGAUGUCUCUACAUUCCCUGUCUCCUCAUUUCCGCUUCAGCAGAUAUUCCAGUGAAGGGUUUCCUUCUUCAAGCACCCUACAUCUCUAGGCUUCAUGCCAG